CCGCGCGGGGCCCCCGAGCCCAGCCCGGCACCGGCACCGGCACCGGCAACAGCUGCCGAACCCACCGGGACCGCCGAACCCACCCCCGGGACCCCCGAACACAGCCCGGGACCGGCACCGGCACCGGCAACAGCUCCCGAAUCCACCGGGACUGCCGAGCCCACCCCCGGACCCCCGAACCCAACCCCGGGACCACCGGCACCGGCAACAGCCCCCGGGACCACCGGGACCACCGAGCCCAGCCCGGACCCCCGAGCCCACCGGGGUCCGGCACCGGGACCGGACCCCGACCCAGCCCGGGACCACCGGGACCACCAGGACCGAGCACCAGCCUCCCCGCCCCCGGCCCCGCACCAUGAGCGCCGCGCCGGGCGGGCGGGGCCGCGCGGAGCCGGCAGCGGAGCCCGCCGAGAUGCCGGCCACCGAGAAGGACCUGGCGGAGGACGCGCCCUGGAAGCGCAUCCAGCAGAACACCUUCACCCGCUGGUGCAACGAGCACCUCAAAUGCGUCCAGAAACGCGUGGGCAACCUGCAGACCGACCUGGGCGACGGGCUGCGCCUGAUCGCGCUGCUCGAGGUGCUCAGCCAGAAGCAGAUGGGCCGCAAGUACAACGCGCGCCCCACCUUCCGCCAGAUGCAGCUGGAGAACGUCUCGGUGGCCCUGGAGUUCCUGGAGAGGGAGAACAUCAAGCUGGUGUCCAUCGACAGCAAGGCCAUCGUGGACGGGAACCUGAAGCUGAUCCUGGGGCUGAUCUGGACCCUCAUCCUGCACUACUCCAUCUCCAUGCCCAUGUGGGACGAGGAGGAUGAGGAGGAGGCCAAGCGCCAGACGCCGAAGCAGCGGCUGCUGGGCUGGAUCCAGAACCGCCUGCCCCAGCUGCCCAUCACCAACUUCAGCAAGGACUGGCAGAGCGGGCGGGCACUGGGGGCACUGGUGGACAGCUGUGCGCCAGGGCUGUGCCCUGACUGGGACUCGUGGAACCCCAACCGGCCGGUGGAGAACGCGCGCGAGGCCAUGCAGCAGGCGGAGGAGUGGCUGGGCAUCCCCCAGGUGAUCACCCCCGAGGAGAUCGUGGACCCCAACGUGGACGAGCACUCUGUCAUGACCUACCUGUCGCAGUUCCCCAAGGCCAAGCUCAAACCCGGCGCCCCCCUGCGCCCCAAGCUCAACCCCAAGAAGGCUCGGGCCUACGGGCCAGGGAUCGAGCCCACCGGGAACGUGGUGCAGCAGCGCGCCGAGUUCACGGUGGAGACGAUCAGCGCGGGCCAGGGGGAGGUGCUGGUCUACGUGGAGGACCCCGAGGGGCACCGCGAGGAGGCCAAGGUGGUGGCCAACAACGACAAGAACCGAACGUUCUCCGUGUCCUACGUGCCCAAAGUCACCGGCGUCCACAAGGUGACGGUGCUGUUCGCGGGCCAGCACAUCGCCAAGAGCCCCUUCGAGGUGCAGGUGGGCCGGGCGGCCGGGGACGCCGGGCGGGUGACGGCGGCGGGGCCGGGGCUGGAGCCGCUGGGCAACGUGGUCAACAAGAGCACGCACUUCGACAUCUGCACCGCCGGCGCAGGCCCGGGUGAGGUGGGGGUCUCCAUCGUGGACCCCAGCGGGCGCCGCGGGACCCCCGAGGCGGUGCUGGAGGACCGUGGGUCUGGGGGCUUCCGCUGCUCCUACAAACCCCAGAGCGAGGGUCCGCACCUGGUGCACGUCACCUUCGGGGGGGCGCCCAUCCCCCGCAGCCCCUUCAGCGUCACCGUGGGCCAGGCCUGCAGCCCGGGCGCCGUGCGGGCCGAGGGCCGGGGGCUGCAGCCCAAGGGGCUCCGCGUGAACGAGCCCGCCGACUUCAAAGUGCACACCCGGGGAGGGGGGCAGCGGCGACCUCAAGGUCACCGUCAAGGGACCCAAGGGUCUGGAGGCCCUGAAGCAGAAGGAUUUGGGGGAUGGAACCUUCGGGCUCGAGUAUUUCCCCACCGUGCCCGGGAAUUACACGGUGGGAGUGACCUGGGGAGGGCAGCACGUGCCGCGCAGCCCCUUUGAGGUGACAGUGGCCCCCGAGGGUGGCGCCCCCCGGGUCAGGGCCUGGGGGCCCGGCCUGGAGGGGGGGGUGGCCGGGAAAGCCGCGGAUUUCAUGGUGGAGGCCAUCGGGGACGACGUGGGGACCCUCGGU